GGGUGUUCCGAAUUAAAAGUAGUACGUUUAUAUUCAUUCGCAGUCACGUUCUACAAAAUAAAUUAUCAUUCCAAUUACACAGAAGGAUGUUUACUUAGUAAACUAGAUAUUAUUGAAACUAAUUUUAAAGUUGAAAAAAUUGAAAACUAUUAAAAACUAUAAUUAAUUUGUUUUAAAAUCCAUGGCAAACGACAUAGAACUAUUUGUUGCUAGUGUAAGAAACAACAACACCAUAUGAGUGAUUUGACUUGACAAGAUGGAAGGAUAUUUUUGUUAAAUUUUGAAAGUUAACCUUUUGUGUGAUUUGGCAAAAGAUAUUGUAAUUUGAGGAAAUAUGGCGACGGGACAAGUGUCGCGUGUCAUCACGGAGGGUAUUCCAGCUGAACCAACCCUAAACCUGAAGCUCCACAUGCCUCAACCACCGAACAGUAAGUUUGGUGGUCCCCCAAAUAAAAUCAGGAAUAAAUUGCGACUCGAUCCGUCAAGAGCAUUAGAACCGACACGAAAAAAGAUUGCAACUAUUGAGGCUCAGCGUGUAAUGUCUGUGUUUGAGGAUACAAUAAGUAAAGCCGAGAUUGUCACCAUCCUACCAUACAUUUUGGAGAAUAAAGAAAGAUUUCGGGUCAGCCUCGGUGCCGAACUGUCUCUGUUACUAGACAUUCAUAAAAAUACUGUAGAUAGCUAUGAAGAAAUCAAGGAACAACUGGAUAUUCAGUUGCGUCAAAGACGUAUCCGCACUGCUAGUACAGAGAAGAGUGAAGGAUAUGGUGGACAUGGAAUGGAGGACGCAGGUGAAGUUGGGGAAACACCCACUGAAAGUCCAGUUCCUGAAGCAGAAGCUAGGGAUUACUCGAGGAGAGGCAGUAUGGCAAGUGUCCAGUCUGCCAGAUCGGUCCAAUCUGUAGAGAGUUAUGAUAGCCAGACAGAGAGAACGAUGAGGAGUCUCAGUCUCGUGGCACAACAGCUGAGCAGUUCCUGCAAAAACAUCCUCCGAGCAUUCCUGGCCAAUCCCAAUGCGCUUAGCAUGAUAAAAAAUCAGGCAAGACGAUCUGAUAAUAGUAACGUGUUAAUCAAGGACAUGUGUGACCUCCGUGAUAUCCUCCUGAACAAACUGCUGACCACUCCAGAAGAAGAGAGAGAGAGAAUGCAGUACAUCCAGGAAGUCUCUAAACGGGAACGACAGAACGCCACAGUCAUUGAGGACCUAGAACAGAAACUCAAGGCUGCUAUGGAUGAAAAAGAUGAAGAAAUUAAGAAGAAGAACUCUGUUAUCAGGAAGCUUCAGGCAGACCUCCGGCAGAUUGAGAAGUUUUCUGACGAGAACAACAAAAGGGUAACCAAUGAAGCAGAGAAACAAGAACAAGCGGAUCUGAAGAACAGCGAAGGCAAAAAACAACGUUUAAUGACGGAACUUAACCAGCUGAAAACUCAACUUCAGAAUGCUGUUAUGGAGCACAGAGAAAAUGAGCAGGAACUCAGAAGAAAAAAGUUCCGGGUUGAAUCCCAGGUGGAGAACUGGAUUCAGAAGUACGACACAGACAUGAAUGAGAGACAGAACGAGUACGAAGAAAUCGACCUGGUCUACACAGAAGAAAAGAAACAACUUCACGAGCUCGAGGAACGCUUCAAAACUCUGGAGGCCGAGUACCAGCAAAUCAUGGAGGAACGGCGAGUAUCGCGUGAAAAACGCGAGGCUGCGGAACGAGAGAUGGCUCUCAUGGUUAAAGCCGCCACUACGAUUCAGGCCUUCUGGCGGUCAUUCAAAGUUCGCAAAGCGCUCAAGGCACGCAAGAAGAAAGGAGGCGGGAAGAAGAAAAACUCAGCGUAAUGACCUCCCAGUUUCUGGUGUACACAAUAAGCAUUUCCUGUACAGUGUACGUAAUUCUCGGCGUGCUGGACAGUUUCAAACGAGUGCUGGUGUGGUAUUCAGAUGUAUAUAUAUAUAUAAUGCACACUAUUAAUUAAUUCCGUCCAAUCAAAAUUACUCUGUUACAGAUUUAUUGACUUUUGUUACUGUCUAUAUGAUAUGAAAUAAAUUUCGUUCAUGCCGUUAUGCAUUAUAUUAUGUGUUUAUUACUCCAUUGAGAGACGUCAUAAUGUUCAUGACACAUACAUGUAGAACAUGAUUAUAGUGAACUUUCGAGGACAGCAAAAAACAGUUCAUUAUAAUUCAUUAUACAGUAAAGCACGGUUAUAGUCCACCUUCAGAGCCAGUGAAAAACAGUUCAUUAUAACCCGACUUCAUUAUACAGUAAAACAUGGUUAUAGUGAACCUCCAGGACCAGCGAAAAACAGUUCAUUAAAACCAAACUUCAUUAUACAGUAAAACAUGGUUAUAGCGAUCAUCCUGGGCAAGCAUAACACAUUCAAUAUAACCAAACUUAUAUUCAAUAUAUGACCAAAAUAUUCAAUACAAUGUUUGUUGUUUUACUCUCGUAGGAGAAUAAAUAUCACUUAGAAAUAAGCGGGAAUUCAUUGUAAGCAUGUUGUACUGUGUAUAAAAAUAUAUAUAUAUGGAUAUAUUUAUACAUUGAGUAUUUAUGCAUGUUUCAAGGUUACAUGCACUGGUUUCAACCUGUCUCUUUUUAAUUUUAAAACUCUGUCCGAUUCCAUCUUUGGGGUAAAAUACUAGUGUAUGCAUAACUGAAAUAGUUUGGUUGUAAAUGUGUUGUAUUUAUAGAGCCAAGAUUUACAAAACAAUAGCACAGUAUGAUUCCAUAUAUCACAAAAAUAUUAAAAAACAAAAUAUUCUAUCAAAAUUACAAAUAAUUAUAUCUUUAUGUAUCAGAGAUAAUAAUUUCCCUUUAUAUGGAAUUAAAAUCUUAGUUCAUACCUGAUGUAUAACAUAAUGCUUAGAGUUGGCCAUCUUUUGCCCUGUGAUUAGAACCUCCAAGAAGUUAACAUUAAUUAAAAUUCACAUUGUACUGCUACGAAUAAAUUUGUAAGGAUAAGAAUAGAAUACGAAACUUGCAGAAUACGAAACUAACUCACUGAUUAUGAAACUGCAUGUACUUAAAACCAUUUUAAGACAUGUAUCUAUCUCUUUGAAAAAAAUAAAUGUGUAUACAAUUGCUUCUGCUGGUGCACACUUAAAAGGAAGCACCCAGGUACUGUUCAUGACUUCCCAGC